AUGGCCAACAUCAUAUCAAUGAUCAUCAGCAUAGUUUAUCAUUGAUAACGCCCAACAAUAAUAACGAUUUUCAUGUAAAUAAUAGUCAAAAUCAUACAAAAAUGGAUAAAAAUAACAUAACUGCAUUACGAUAUUCACAACCACAACAGCGGCCAACAUCAAUGAUUAAUAAUCAUAGGCUACCUGAUGAUGCUGAUCAACAGAAUGAUCUAUCACAAUGGUUAAGGCCUGUUUAUAUUCCACCUAAACGUUCAUCAUCAUCGAUGAUUAUGAUGGACCCAUCAUCAUCAUCAACAACAGCAUCGAAUCAAACAUCAUCCAUUCUAUUGUUUGGUUCAGAUAUGAUGAUCAUGUCAUCAUCAAAUAAUACUACCACUAUCAACAGCGAUGAUGAUGAUAAAUUGAAAAAUAAUAAUGAAAAAAAUUUAUUAUCCAAAAGUUAUGGAAAUAUAUUAUUACGAACAAAUAUAACAUUUGAACUUAAAGAUGAACAAUGGGUUGCACCAAUUAUUGCAUUAUCAACAUUGAAUAUGUUGGUCAUUAUUGCAUUCGAAUGUUUUGUCAUAUAUCGAGCUUGCCGCACAUGUCCAUCUAGACGUCAUCUAUUCUUAGGUCAAAUGUUAUUACUUGGUCUAUUCCUAUGUUCAGCAAUGGGCCUUACAUUUGUACCGAAAUCAUCAUGGUUAACCUGUACAAUGAUACGUUCUGGUUUGGGUAUUAGUUUUGCCAUUGUAUAUGCAGCAUUAUUAGUGAAAACGGUAUUCCUAUUAUCAUUACAUCAAGGCGUUUAUCUUAGUGCCGAAUAUCAGGCAUUAUUAUUAUUUUUUAUUAUUGCAACACAAGUGGCUAUUGAUGUACAAUGGUUAGCAUUUUCACGUUCAACAUUAGUUAUCGAUUAUUGGGAUGGUUUCGGUCAAGCUGUAUAUCGUUGUGAUCAUUCCACACAACAUUUACUAUGGUCAUUAUGUUAUAUUAUAUUAUUAAUUGCCAUUUUAGCCGUGAUGACAUUCCGCAUACGUGGUUAUCGUGAAAAUCAUGGUGAAGCCUUAUUUCUUGGUAUUGUAGCCAUAUUACAGAUAUUUGUUUGGUUUGUAUGGACAACCGGUACAAUGACCAGUACACCACAUUAUCGUGAUGGUUUUACAGCAUUCGGUAUUGUGGCUAAUGCAACAAUGAUUUUUAUGAUAAUGUUCUUACCGAAAGGACGACAAUUAGCAGCUGUUGGUGGCCGCAGUAGUGGUGGUCAUCAUUUUGGUGUCAAUGGUGAUGAUGAUGAUGGUUCCGGUGGUGGUGGUGGUAAUGAUGGUCACCAUCAUGCUGUUAUGGCUGGAAUCCCUGGAAUUGAUCAAUUAUCGAUUGGUUCAUCACCAUCAAUAUAUUGUGGUCCACAAUCAUUUUUACAUCUAAAAAGUGGUUCAUUAUCUGGUAAUAUGAAAGCAUCAAUGAUGAAUAAUAAUAAACAAUCAUCAUAUGCAUAUCGUACAUCGAUUGGUACUGUUAUUGGUGGUAAUCAUGGUCAUAAUAAUAAUAAUAAUCGAUCAUCACAUGGUUCAAUAACACCGGGGGCUACUGCAGCAUAUCAUCAUUUAUAUCAAAAAUUUAAUUACAAUAUUCAUGGAACCGAUACAUCAUUGACAACAAGUCCAAAUGAUGGUGGUAUUGGAACAACAUCAACAACAUUAACUGCCAACAACAGUAAUAAUAAUAAUAAUAAUUACCAAUCACGAUCAAUGUCGAAUAGUUUUAGUAGUCAUGCUAUAUUCAAUGCUAAUUUUCAACAAAUACAGCAACAACAACCGAAUUCAAUGAAUGAACAAAAAAUGAAAGAAUCAACCGGCAAUAAUGAUCCAAUUAGUGAGAAUAAUUCCAAUCAUGAUUCAUCAUCAGCAUCGGAUCACCAGACACGUGCACCGUCCAUACCAAAAACCAAACGUCCAACAUUAAUGAAUGGUUUACAACAGCAGCCAAUUAAAUCACCGAAUGGUAUGUUGUGA